AUUCAAUUGUUGAAUUGAUGCUACUUAUCAUUAAACUUUGUUCCAGAAAGAGAAUGGAUAACCCAGGGCUCAGUUUGUUUCAGAAUGGGGUUUCCUUGCAGUUGGAUACAGUCAAUCAGCAGGAGCGGGAGGAGGAGGAGGAUGAUAAAGAAGAGCAAAGAAGAAUAGAAGCAGAAUUAGCAGAGAAGCUUGAGGGUGCUUUUGAUGACCUGGAUUUAGAAGAUGGUGAUGAGAGCUCUAUAUACUCUCCACCCCCUCCACAACACUCAUACUCAGAUCUUCUCACCCCUGGACAGGUUCCAGCGAAAUACGCAACUAGCACACCGUUCAUUCAGAAUAAUCAUAAAGAAUUCCAGACCCAAGAUGAGAACUUAUUCAGACCUUUAGCCGUUGAAGAAACAACGUUCGACGGGGGACCGGAUGAUUACGGCGAUUAUGGUGGAUAUCAGGCCGGACAAGGUCAGGAUUAUGGCUCACAGAACAGAUACAUCGACGGACACGAUAAUGAUUAUGUUGGACACCAUUUUGCCGGGGACAAUGGCGGCGCUGUACAAUACAACACAGAGCAGUCGGGCCGGUACAGUAAAACUGUACAGUUUCCGGAUCAGCUUAAUAAAUCAGACACAGAGAAGGUUCGGGAGAGAAGUGUUGGAGAGAAACCUGGAGAACAAUCAGAUCUAAUGGUUCUUUAUACCGCCAGGGGAAGAGAAAUUGAACGGUUGGAAGCUGAGAUAAAAAAGAUGAAAGCCGAUCAUACAUCACAGAUUCGACAGCUUAGCCAGCGUACAGCCACAACAGCUAUGGACAAGCAACAGAUGGAGCAGCUGUUAGGUGACAGCAGAAGAGAAAACCAAUUGUUACGGGAUGAGUUGUAUACACUAAGAGAAACUACAGAAAAGUUGAAGGAGGAGAAGGAUGGUCUGGAGCGAGAACAUGAAGGGGAUAGAGAAGCAGUUACACAACUACAGAAACAGCUUCAGCUUCUUCAAACCUCAGAUACUGUGCUCAAAGCUAGACAACAACAUGAUGCUGUGGUCAGAUCAAUGAAGGAGAGGCAUGAGAACGAGGUUCAGAAGCUAAGAGUAGAAUUAGACACGGUCAAGUCAUCAGCUAGAGAAAAGGACAGGGAAUAUAACAUUCUCAGAGAUAAAUUUGUUGAGUUGAGAGACGACCAUGAUUAUUCACUAAAAGAGAAAACCAGACAAAUAGAGGAAUUAAGCGACAAGUUAGCAGCCUCUAAAGCAAGGGUAUCCGAGCUUAGUCAGUUGGACCAGUCGUCCAAAAUCCACAGACUUGAGUCUGAUCUGGAGCAAAUGAGGCAGACGAAUAUUCAGUUAGAGCAGCAGAUAAGCAGACUACACGCAGAAAUUUCCAGUCUUAAACUUGAGGUUGCGGGGUACGAAGCUAUUAAUCCUGAAGAAGCAUCAGAUUCAAUCCUUUCUCUGGGCCUUAGUACUUCUUCUAAACCAGAUGGUGGGCUGAGGUUAAAGGAGGAGCUUCAUAGAUCUCUGACUGGGAAUAAAUCUAAACGAGAAGAGAUAUCUAGGUUAGAGAAGUUGUUGUCGGAACGGGAAACUGAAGUGUUGAAACUGAACACGGAGUUGAGAGAGGUGGUGGGGAAACUCAAGGUUAGUGAGGAACUAGUCUCCGCCAGUAUUAACCAGGAGGAGGAGCUUGGACGGUUGAGGAAGGAGGUGGAGGAACUGAAACCAAGGAACCUGAAUCUACAAAACAACUUGACAGAGCUAGAAAAGCAAAAUAUCGAGGUUAAGAAAUGUAUGACUGCUAUGUUGGAGAAUAACAACGAGGACAAGAUGGAGGCCAUCGACAGCCUCCGGGAGGAAUAUGAAGAACAUUGUCGUAAUGCCGUCGAACAAACUAAAAGUUUGAUGGAAGGUGAAGUUCGACGCCUGAAGAUUGAGUUAGAUGUUUACAGUAAAACUGUUCUUGAACUCAGGAAGAAGCUGGAUCUGAAAACUAAUAUGGCGGAAGUAAAAUCCAGCAAUUUUUCUACAGCUGACGAGAAAACCAUUAAAACCCUGGAAGAAAAGCUUUCCUCCGCUCUAGACGAAAAUAAAGAAUUGUCCGUCAAAGUUGAGAAACUUACUGAACAAAUAUACAAACUCGAAACAAUAGAAAAGGAAGGAAGGGUAAACGUUUCUCUUGAUCAAGAUAAACUGGACGCGGCGGUAAAUGUCAGACUGGAGAAAAUUCAACAAGAGCUCAAAGAACAACUUAAUUUACAACAUCGGGCGGAGAUUGAGGAAGCGGUGGAUAAAGCUCGUUUAAACUGGUUGAAACAGCUUCCAGAGAUGCAGAAGAAAGGCGCAGCUGUUCGGGAGAGUGUUGGUCAGCUGGAACUGCUUAACAGCAAGCUGUCAGCUGUUACCAGGGAGAAGGAACAGCUUGAAAUAAAACUGAUCGCUGAAGUCCAUCGAAGGCAGGAGAAUCAGACUGAAAUUGAUUCAAUCAGAACUGAGUUACUUGCUGCUCAAACUGCAGCUCGGUCCGAGGAUAUCUUGAGAGAAGAGGUUGAGGGGUUGAAGAGGAAGAUGAGAGGGGAGGAGGAUAGGUUGAGGGAUGAGCUAAGGAGCUCCCUCGCUAAACAACAGGAACAGUGGCAAGGGAUACUCAGGAACUGUAGGCAGGAAACAGAGGAACAGAGGAAGAUGUUUAAUCAGAGGUAGG